AUGCUUUUCAUUCAGGCACCCAUCGUCGCUGCAGAGGUUGUAAAAAUCGGUGUACUUGCACCAGUAUCAGGCGCACAAGCGGCAGACGGGCAGGAGAUGGUCAACGGUGCGCAAAUGGCAGUUGAUGAGCUCAAUGAUGGUGGCGGUGUUGCAGGCCAUACAUUUGAAUUGGUCGUCGGUGAUGUGGUCGACGGUGCUGCUGAUAAAGUCACCACCGCUGCUGAGCGAUUGCUCGGUGACCGGUCGAUGGGGGCAAUCAUGACCGGUUAUGCAAGUCCUUCCAACUUUGAAAUUGAGCUAAUGGCUGAGCAAGAAAUGAUCUAUAUGGUCUCUGCAAACUCUUCUCAGACGGAAGGCAUCAUCAGUGAAGAUCCGGCAGCGUUUCCAACAAUCUGGUCACUCACACCGUCAUUCGAUGGCUAUAACACAGAGAUCGUGCCGGUCAUAGAUGGUCUGGCAAAUGAUGGCAAGCUGGCAUUGCCUAAUAAGAAAGUUGCACUGAUUUCUUCUGACAACCCGUAUUCGAAGGGAAUCGCAGACGGAAUGGUUGAAGCAUUUGGCGCAGCGGGGUGGGAGGUGACAACCAAUGAUCUUCUACCGUUUGGUGAAAUCAAUGACUGGCGCGGAUUUCUCGGUAAAGUAAGGCAGGAUGAGCCGUCAGUCGUCAUUAAUACUGAUUACCAAUCUGCAAACGCUGCAUUGUUUGUUUCUCAAUUUAACGAAGAACCAACCAACAGCCUGGUGUUUAUUCAGUACGCACCCUCUGUACCUGAAUUUCUCGAGCUUACCAAAGAGCAGUCUUCCGGUAUUGUCUACAACUUGCUGGGUGGAAUUUUAAAUACGCCAACCAAUCCUCGUGCUUCUGAAGUCAUCGAGAAGUAUAAAAAGAGUUUCGGUAACGAGCCGGGAACCUAUGGAGCUGCGCUGUACGAGCAGGUUUUAAUCUAUGCAGCAGCACUUAAAGAGGUUGGUGAUCCGGCUGAUCGGGUAGCAAUCGGUAAUGCUAUCGGUGCAUCGACUACUCAAACUGCCAUGGGUUCGGUUAAGUUUGAUGCAGAUACUCAUUUGGCAGAGCAGUCAAAUGAGGGAAUACCGCUACAGUUCUACCAGAUUCAGGAAGGUAAGAGAGCGUUGUUCUACCCACCUGUUUACGCAACAGGUGAGUUCGCACAGCCUGGCUGGAUGAAGAAGUAG